AAUGUUCAACAACAAUAUAUCUUGUUUCAGUUUGCUAGUUGGUUUGUUGUGAUUUUUACCAUACGAGAAGUCAUUGUACUUGAAAAACUUGAUUCGUGAAGUUCGUUCCAGUGCGGUUUCGCAAAAAAAAACCGGCAUACAACAUGACCAAAAUAAACAUGAGUCGGCCUUGUCGAGUUUGCAUUGGGAAGUUUUAAGUAAAGAAAGAUGUGAAGGAGUGAAGUGAAAAUUCUUAAUUUUUCAUUUUAUUAAUGGAUGGAAGAACCCCUGUGUUUAAGACUAAUUGAACUCUUGAAUGGUUCAGUAGUGAAUCUUGUGUAAAUGGCGUUUUGUUAAGUAAAGAUUAUAAAGAUUAUGUUUCCACUUUCUAAGUUGACAUUGCAUUCAAUUCGGCGUGUGUUUAAUCUUAAUUUUAUCAUGUCUGAUACCGAAUGUAGAUCAGAUAAUUGCAAAUAUUUUGUGGUGAGGUAGUAGAAUAGUAUUGUGUGUGCUUUUAUGUCGUCUCUCGUGGCUAUGGCGAAGAAAAAGGCUAGAUUUUCGCCAUUUUUAAAGCAGUGCUUCGUGACAUCAGCGGUGGGCAUCAACCUGAUCGGCCAUGGUGCCGUGGUGGGCUUCUCCGCAGUCCUGCUGCCGCAGCUGCACCAAUCUGACUCCGGUAUACCCACCAGCAAGGAGGCUGACUCUUGGAUAGCAUCAGUAAUCGGUAUAACCCUGCUGAUCGGCAGCUUCGUCGCGUCUCCGAUAAUGGGCCGCUAUGGACGGAAGGUCGCCCACUACACCGUCAGCGCGGCGGCACUCGUGGGAUGGUUGACUACACUCUUGGCUGAGAGCUUCGAAGUCAUCCUCCUGGGAAGAAUCAUAGGUGGCCUGUCAUUCGGCAUGAUGCUGCCCCUUCGCUCCAUCCUCAUCGGUGAAUACACCAGUCCAAAGAACAGAGGGGCUUUCCUCACCACAAUCUCCCUCACGCAAGGGUCGGGAAUCUUCUUCGUACAUCUCGUGGGAUCCCUCCUGAGCUGGCGAAGAACUGUCCUCGUGUGUCUCUUCCUACCAUUCAUAAGCCUGGUGAUGACUCUGUUCACACCAGAGUCUCCAAGCUGGCUGGUCUCCAAAGGAAGGUAUAAUGAGUGCAGGGAAGUAUUCCACUGGCUGAGAGGUGACGAAGAAGAACAAGAAUUAGAAGCUAUGAUUCAAGCAAGAAUAAACUUCGAAAAGACUGUAAAAAAUCAAAAGAAGUUGGAUGUAGUAGCAACUGUGCGGAAGAGAGAGUUCUAUAAGCCAAUCAUAUUAAUGGUUCAUGCGUAUGCCAUGGGACAGUUGUCCGGAGGAGCCAGCACGGCUGCCUACGCCACAACUAUUAUCCAACUGAUCAUGAAUCCUGACGUCAACGCUGACGCGUGGAUGAUAGCCCUCGACACCCAACGGAUCGUUGUCAACACACUAGCGAUCUACAUCAUCAACCGGUUUAAAAGGAGAACCAUGAUCUUCGCAUCAGGAGGAUUAUGUGUCGCCAGUCAUUUGGCUAUCGUAGCUUACGUAUACUCUAAGCAAACAGGGUUUUUGACUUACGAUGCUAUAUGGAUCCCAGGUAUUCUUUUAAAUUUACAUUUCUUCUCAGUGUCUGUGGGUAUGGUACCUCUACCCAGCGUGAUAGCUGGUGAAGUUUUUCCAUUGGAGUACAGGAGUAUAGCUGGUAGCAUCAGCUUGGCGUCCGUGGCUGGAACUAUGUUCUUAGUGCUCAAAACUUUCCCUGGUCUGGUGGCCAGUGUAGGAAUAACUGGAACUUACUUGGUGUAUGCUGGAUUGCUGACGUAUUGUCUGACUGUCAUAUGGUUUCUGAUGCCGGAGACUAGAGGCAGGACUCUGCAGGAGAUAGAAGACGAGUAUAGAGGCAAAACGGUAGUUGAUGAAGAGAGGCAGUCGCUUAAACAAACAGGGACAACGGAAAGGUGACAUGAAUACAGUGUUAGACAGGAGAAGAGAAGAUGUCGUGAAAAAAAUACUCCCGAGUUUUAUUGAGUUUAAAAAUAAACGUAUUUAUAACUUA